AUGGAGAACUUCGAUCUAGUCAUCGUCGGUGCAGGAUGGCACGGACUCGCCAUGGCCAAGACAUACUCCGAGGUCUGUCCAGACGCCAGUCUGCUCAUCAUAGACUCUGCCACGUCCAUCGGCGGCACGUGGGCCAAAGAGCGCCUGUACCCUGGCCUCAAGACCAACAACAUCGUCGGCUCGUACGAGUUUGGCGAUUUCCCCAUGACACCUGAGAGAUUCGGUGUCAAGCCAGGACAGCAUAUUCCCGGCACAGUGGUGCAUGAGUAUCUGCGUCAAUUUGCGGAGCAGUUCGGUCUGGUGUCGCGGUUGAGGCUGCAGACCAAGGUUGAAUCCGCAGAACUGCACGAGACCGGUGAGUGGCUGCUUCGAGUGCGUAGACAGGCUGAGAACGGUGGAGCGUCAUGUCUGAAGGCUAGGCGGCUUGUUGUGGCUACGGGGUUGACCUCUGAGCCGUACGUGCCCAACUAUGCUGGAAGGGAAAGUUUCACGGGGAACUUCUUUCAUUCACGCCAGCUAAGAGAUCGUGCAAAGGAUAUACAGGCGUCGAAGGAGGUCGUGGUAGUUGGGGCCAACAAGUCGGCAUGGGAUGUCUGCUAUUCUGCUGCGAUCUCGGGAGCCCACGUGAAUAUGGUCAUCAGACCAGAGGGCGGCGGCCCCAGUUGGGUAUGGCCUGUCAUGUUUUCUCCGUUCAAGCUGUCGAUUCAAAGAAUGGCGACUACAAGGCUUUUCACCCUGUUUGAACCCUGCAUCUGGGCUGGGGGCAGCGGGUUCAACCUGGUCCGGAGGCUCCUGCACCAGACCUGGCUGGGUCGGCAGUUGGUGAAGCUGUUCUGGAAGAUACUUGCAAAUCCCGUGCUCUCAGCAAACGCAUACCACAAGCAUCCGGAGCUGAGAAAAUUAAAGCCCUGGGCGUCAAUGUUCUGGAUGGGCAAUUCCCUGGGUGUUCACAAUUAUGAAACCAACUGGUUCGAAUUGGUGGAGCAGGGAAGGAUAACUGUCCAUAUCGCUGACGUCUCAUCUCUGGCGGAUAAUGAGGUCCAUCUUUCAAAUGGUGAAGUGCUUCAUGCUGACACUUUUGUCUGUUGCACCGGCUGGAGGGUGGCUCCGCCCAUCAAGUUCAUGCCACCAAGUGUGGCACCGCAACUGGGACUCCCAGGAUCAGAAAAGGCUGAGACUAAGUAUCUCGUCAAGCAUGCGGAUGAGGAGAUUUUCAAAGCUGUGCCAGGUCUUCGCGCAGGGCCUAUAAAAGUUCUGCCAGAUGGACUAGGACCGAUCCAUGUCUCGGGAGAUACCCUGGCGCACGCACCGUAUCGGUUGUAUCGUUUCAUGGUGCCGCCGGCAAAGAUUUUUCUGGACCACCGUAAUAUAGCUUUCAUCGGGGCUCACCUUGCUCUCAACGCCAUCACGGUCGCACAAGCUCAGGCGUUGUGGAUAACGGCCUUCUUCCAGCAUAAGAUCCCGAAGUUGAACUCUUCCACAACCACUCACCAGGAUAUUGAAUAUCAAACGAUCCUCCAAAGUGAGUACUGCCGGUGGAGACACCCACCUACUGGCGGAGGUGCAGGCGGGAGAUGUCCCGAUCUCGUCUUCGAUGGGCUGCUGUACACCGACUUGCUCCUCCAAGAUGUUGGCAUAAACAACUUCAGGAAGCGUAAUGUCUGGGAGGAAUUGUUUGAUCGGUACUUGCCCAAAGACUAUGCUGGAAUGACAGGGGAAUUGAGAAAUCGAAUGAGGUCCGGCCAUAGUUAA